CAGUUUUGCCGCGAUCAGAUUUCGCCCGUCCCAAAUAGAACCCUUCUCGCCAAAUACCGCCCUAACCCAGCACUCGGCCGGGAUGUCCUCUUCUAUAUGACCUGAACUACUAUUCCUCGGCCGUAGUAGUUGACGGACCGCCGUCGGACCCCUACACCCGACCUUACGUCCGUAGCUAGCAGCCCGGCCAGACCCCAACAGCACGCCGUAGGUCCGUGAGAACCCACCCGGCCAGACCCCCACAUCACGCCGUAGGCCCGCGACAAUCCGCCCGGUCACCAUGACGGCCCAGGUGAUGCCCGUGGAAGCCAUCCUUGGCAAGCCGGACUUCAAGUACCAGAAGGUGCAGUACCGGCGGCACGUCUGGCAGCCGGGCUUCGGGCCUACAGAGGAGGAGGCCCCGCCGGCGCUGCAGGCGCAGUCCGGUACGAGCUCGUCGGCGGCGGCGUCCAUGUACAUCCGGAGUAAGGACUACGGUUUCCAGCGGAACGUGUGGCAGCCGGGAGACGUGCAGUACGACUCCGAGCUCGGCUCGCAGUGGAAGGCCCCGGAAGGCUAUGAAGGGGUUUACGACGCCUCUGUAUGGGGGAUCCCCACCGACGGGGACAUGCUGCCGGUCAUAGACAUCGACUGGGACGAGCUCAACCGGCGGAAGAUGGAGCGCGAUGCCCGGCUGGCCGCCGAGGAGGAGGCAGCGAGGCGGGCGGCGGAGGCGGCGCUUGCUGCCGCCGGGGCCCCGCCGCCGUCCGGCCCGCCCAUGAACCGGGCGGACUACGACAGGAUGCUCGGGCUGGGCGGGCAGAAGGAGCUGGGCGGCCCGCUGGGGGGAGAGUACGUCACGCCGACGGAGGAGGACAGGCCGGUGGACAUGCAGGAACGGGCGCAGCCCGGCGGAGGCGGGAUGCCAGGUGGGACCGACGCGCUGGCCGGAGACUCCGCCGCUAGGUCGGGGCACGAGCUCAACAGGAGGAAGCUGGGGAUAGUGGCUCGCAAGUCCACCAUGCACGACCGGACGUACGGCAAGACGGCGGAGGGCGGGAAGGGCGCCGAGCUGUACAAGAGGCGACAGAAGCGCGUCGUGCAGUUCUCAAAGGAGGACAUCCGCAGCUUCAAACCCUGGCUGUCGCUCAUCUACGUCCCUCCGACGGAGGUCCUGCCGUACUACGGCAAACAGUUCAAGGAGGAGCCCGAGCCGACAGCAGAGCCUACCCCAGCCAUGCCGCAGAAGAAGCCAGGCGGGAAGGUGAUCCCGAAGGCUCCGAUGACGCCGUGGAGCGCCGCCAUGCAGACGUCCGGGGACGUCGAACCCGCCUUCACUCACCUGAGGAAGCGCGGCGCGCCGUUCGCCACCUACCUGGAGAAGGGGAUGAUGGGCGACCAGCCGGAGACGGUCGGCGCCGUGCAGGCCGUGAUGGGCGCGGCGGAUGAGAAGCGAGGGAGCGCCGCCGGCGGUGGGAGAGGAGGCGCCGGUGAUGGCGGGGCGUUCGCGGGAGAUGGCGGUGGCGUCGGGGACGGGGCGUACGGCUCGGGCUUCCACCUGGAGAAAGUGAGCCCGGAUGAGCGGGGGGAGCUGCCGAACUACAAGGACUUCAACCGCACGGCGAAGGGGUGGUUCGCGGUGGAGGGCUCGGAGACGUACCGUGAGAUGACGGAGGCGGAGGCGGCGUCCCGCGGGAUGUUCGCCGUGAGACACAUCGACACGGAGGCGGACGUGUGGCGGCCCGACCCGAACGUGGUGAAGGCGAUCCUCCAGGAGCGGUCCCAGCUGCAGAUCCCUGCCGACCUGGUGGGCUUACCCGAGUCGGAGGAGCUAUAGACGGGCCGGUCCGCGAGUAGCCCAGUGACCAUCUCAUCGGGAGCUCCUCGGUGUCUCUUCGGUGCAGGGAGUGUUGCACGCCCGCCCAGUUUAUCAGCGCACGCCUGGGAUUUUGUACGGUGUUGGUUUCAGUUAGUUCACUACGGGACAGCAGUAAUAAAGGCAAGGUCGGCUGGAAAGAUAAAAUAGAGAUCAGAUAGGCUGUCAGAAAAAGGCCUAUGUCGAGUAUCACUGGGGCCGGGAAAACACCCCUACACCGGCCGGUGGAGAUGGUUACCAAGCUAGUCCGCGAGGGAAAGGCAAAUAACUAGUAUAUUGCCACGUGUACAGAAAAAAAGAAACUCGCUCAAUGCGAACUAGGUUUCGACUCUCCAAAGCUACAGGAGCCGGGAGUCAUACAGGCCCGUUUGAGUGUAUAGGAGAUACAAAAUACGAUAAUUAAAGUGAAUCGUGUCAAGGGAGGUGAAAAUGUAGGUGAAAAUACAGGCAAGGUCUGAGGAACGCGGUCGGAAGAGCUAUAGGCUGAGUAUAAUACAGAAAUAAAGCUUUAUUCUGUUGCAACUUGAAUAGUAUAGAAACAACCAGAAUAGUUUCAUAAUGAGAAAAAUAAUCUAAAGUCUUCAACUCUAGACAUUUGACUCACCGGAAUUGUUUCGACCGAGUCUGUCUGUCUUCUUCAACUAUCUGACCCGAGUGCUGUAGACACGUUUUUUUUCGCACCAAGAGAGAUCAUCGUUUGCAAAGGUCUAGAUUUCAGCUAUGCUUGUAUAUUGAUGCUGUCUUUGCUACUUAUAAGUUGACUUUAGGUCAUUGAUACAGUCGUACAUAAGAUGAAAAAGAAACAAAAAUGAAAAUGUGGAGUUAUAUCAAGUUUUAAAGAAUAUCAUAUUAAAGGUUGUCGAACCAA